AUGCCUCAAUACACUCAGUACAUUCAAGUCGUCAAUCGCGAUGACAGGCGCCGGCCAGCGCCCGCCGCAGCAAGCAGCUCACAGAGUAUAGUACAACAGACUAUGACGCUGGGCUGCGAAGUCGAAACCAACUUGAGGGCAAAGUCAUCUGGCGACGACAUCUCGCGGUUCGGUGAUGCCAAUGAUCGAGCUGCUAUAGCACAGUUUGCUUCCCGCGUCUGCACCUAUUUUGACAACUAUAUGGAGAGCCACAGGAAAGCCGGUCGAAUGCGCGUCAAGGGCGACCCGCGCUACGGUUCUGGAUACUCCAUCGCUUUGUGGACAAUUGAGCGUGAUGGUAGUAUUCGGAAGGACAGUGCGCGGCAGGUCUCGAUGGAGAUAGUGUCUCCUAUUAUGGUCUAUGAUACGACAGAGUUGUGGCGCGAUUCGGUCAAGUCAAUGUACAAGUCUGUCGGAGACAGAUAUUCUUUCGAAGCCAACGAAAGCUGCGGACUGCACGUCCACUUGAAGCCCUCCGUCUGCUGGAACAUGAAGGACCUGCGAGCCUUGUCUAAGGCUAUCGUCUACUUUGAGCCAUGCCUACAGGCCCUGCUGCCUUCACACCGUGCCAGCAGGAACUUCUACUGCAAGCAGAACUACUCAGAGAACCCCUACCUGACCUCACAAGACAUCGGCCGCUGCUUUGAGACCAUCAACAACAUGAGCGGCAUUUCGGACCUCAAGAAUGUAAUGAACUAUGAUCGCGAAAACGGCCAGACCAGGUACUACGCCUGGAACUUCACGAACCUCCAAUGGGACGCACAGAGGCAGGAGGUCAACGGCACGGUGGAGUACCGCAACCCGCCGUUUGCCAACAGCGCCAGCACGUGUCUGGCGUGGAUGGAGCUGGCGCUCACGUUUGCGAGCGCCGCGAGGAAGGUUUCCGUCCGGGGUGCCAAGAUCAGGCAGAAGUUCUCGAGGGACUUGCCCGGGCUGAAGGAAUUUCUUGAGUACGGGGCUGUGCAGUGGACCCAUAAGUCUGAUUAUGAGAGCUUGUUCCCUCGGCGUAGGCGUUGA